UGUGCUCUUCAAUAGCUCAUCUGCCCAUUCUUCCAUGUCAGAACCUGAGUAUUGUAUUUCCCUUUCCCUUGUCUGUAAAGCAGAAAAAUGCUUUGUUUGCGAAUGGUGAUAUAUGGAAUUUUUUACUACGAUCUCUUUCAUCAUACAUACUUAAUUACUUGUAGUAUUAUAUUUUUACUUUUUGUUUUAUCCUCAAAUAAGAAACCCGCCCUGAUGUGUGUACGGAUGUAGGUGACGACAAUGGUACUGAAGGUCGACCUGCAUUGCCGCCGCUGCUACAAGAAGGUCAAGAAAAUACUCUGUAAAUUCCCUCAAAUACGAGACCAGACAUACGACGAGAAGGCCAACACGGUGACAAUUAAGGUGGUAUGCUGCUCUCCAGAGAAGAUCAGGGACAAGAUACGCUGCAAGGGUUGCGGAUCAAUCAAGAGUAUUGAGAUCAAACCACCACCGCCACCGCCACCUCUAAAACCACCACAACGACCACCGUCACCACCACCGCCACCUAUAAAACCAGCACAACGACCACCGUCACCAUCACCACCACCGCCAAUUGUCAAUCCUGGGUUUUGUUGCACGGAUUGUUAUCAUGGACGUGGUGGGGGCCCUUGCUACAUUGGUGGACCACCACCACCACCACCACCACCACCACCACCACCACCGCUAAUUGUCUUUCCUGGGUUUUGUUGCACGGAUUGUUAUCAUGGACGUGGUGGGGGCCCUUGCUACAAUGGUGGACCACCCCCACGCCCAUGUUAUGAGUCCUGUGGUAGGCCAGUUUAUGAUAGCUGGUGCUGCCCCUGCCGUGGGUACAAUUACUGUUUUAACGAAGAAAACCAAAAGGGUUGCUCAGUCAUGUAACGUGAUACAUGCUACUCAGCCCAUCGUCAAAUCAUGACAUCACUGAUAAUCAUCUUGUAGUUGUCUCCGUUGAAAAUUCAGUCACUUUUAAUUGCAUGUGAAUUUGUUUU